GAGAGAGAGAGAGAGAGAGAGUAUGCAUUUGUAUUAUAUACACAAAAAGGACAACCGACCAUUACUCUUUUCACAGGUUGGCAUAGGCUCCUCCUCCUCCUUCACGCCACUAAUUCGAUUCCUUCACUCUCAAUCUCACUCUCUUCCUACAUCCCUUAAAUUAAACACUCCCCUCUCGAACCAAUGAAUGUCACAAACACAAGAAAUACCCAAACCCUAAAUCCAAAAUGCCCCAAAGAAGAAGACCCAUUUUCCACAGAGUCUCGAACCUUCUUAAAGUUCCAAUCUUGAGAAGACCCAUCAUCCAAAAACUCAAAUUUCGGACCAAACCAAGAAAAAGCAAGAGACUUGAGCUUCUCAGGCAUUACAAUUACCGGUUCCUCGAAGAAUACCAGUUCUCGCCUCCGACCACGCCUCUAAUCCGACGCGGAAAGAGGAGAAAUCCGAUCGAUAACGCGAUGUUUAGACGCGUUUUCUGGAUCUUUUUUCCCUCCCGGUGCAUCGGUGGAUUGAAGGAAGAACGUGUUCUUGAUGCAAGAAAACGCAGUUGGAUCGAGGUGGAGACUUUGCCUUGUGCCGCAAGCGAACUGUCUGAGCCGUUGGAUUACUUCGGGGAAGAUGAUUAUGGCGAUGAUUCGAUUGAUCUGAGGGCUGAGAUGUUCAUCGAGAGAUUCUACGGCGAGAUGAGGAUGGAAUCUGCUUGCUUUUGACCAAAGUCAACCGCCAUGUUCGGGUUUUGAAUCGUUCUUUUUUCUUUCCUUUUAUCUUGCACCACAUGAUUCGUAUUUUAAUAUUUAUUUGUUUUAUCAGCGCCAUGUUAAAGAGAUGGUGGAAAUUCGUUCCGGAAAUUCUUUUUUUUUUGUUGGGACAUUUAAUAUUUUGUUUGUGAUUUGGUUAUGGAAGUUUUCCUGAGAUGAAAGUUAUGUAUAAUUUAAAA